AUGACGACGAUUAAAAGGAGGAUUUCAUCGAUGAUGUUUUUGGCGUUUGUGAUGUUCUCCGUUUUUAUCGUUGGUCUCGCGCAAGGAAGAGUUCUUCCAACUCCUCUUAAAAGCAAAGAAGGUGAAGAAGAGCUUUCAGGAGUCACAGUAGUAGCGCGGGAUGAAAACGUUGAUGAUGAUGAGCAUCGUCCGAUGAUAUAUUCGUCGUCUCUGACUUUGUCGUCUUCGUCUUUGAUUGAGUUAUCCGCGUGCGAGUGUUACUUUGCGGCGUACGAGAAGCGCGACGCGGCGAAGAGGAACGCGGAGAACGCCGUCGGCGUCGGGUUGCGAUGCGAUAAGGAAGGGUAUUUUAUCGUCGGGUUUGAAAAUGCCGGGCAAUACGCUGGUGGCGCGAAAGAGAACAGGUACGUGCCGCUGUCGAGAGCGAGGUGCUGUCGACCGUGCGCGUCGAGUAAAGCGUCUGACGACGAGGACGAGGACGGAGAGACGGCGCUCGAGAGGAUGAAAGAGGAUGCGGAUUUACGGAAACUUUUGAACGAAGACGGGACGGACGUGAGAGUUUUGAGCGAGAAUUGCGAGGGAGGGAGUCUAGAGAGCAGUACUGCUGGAGGUGGUAGCAGCAGCAGCAGCGGCAGUGAUAUCGCCGACGAGAGUAGUGGUUUAGCGUCUUCUUCGAAUCCCAUCUCGGCUUUGUCGAACAACGAAGCCAAGUGUCCUUCUGGAUAUUUCGCAACGGCGUUCGAGCACGCCGCAGAGGCCAAUCCAGCGUCCACCGCGGACAUUGGCGACGAUUUAUUCUUCCCGACUGGCGCGCAAACGUGCUGCAAACCGACGAUUUUGAAGACGGACGAUACGAAGUUUUUGUUGCAAUCGUGCGCGUGCGGAAAGAACACGGAUAGCAGCGAUGCGUCCGACAACGACACGAACGACGACGAAAACAAAAAUAAAGGCGAUUCGACCACCAGUUCUGUCGUCACGUGUCCGAAGAACAAAUUCUUGAGAAUGUUUGACCACGCCAUCGAGGCCUCGGGGUCGGGUAAAUCGAACUUUGCCAAACCAGAAAUGGUUGUCACGUCGCCGUUUGAAUGCUGCUCCAUGUGCAUCAACCCAACGAAUGGCGACAGCGAGCAACCGGAUUGCGGGAAACACGGCACGAGCGUCUUGAAAGAUUACGGCGCGUACGGAUGCGCCUGCGAGGAAGGGUACUUUGGCGAAUCGUGCGAAUUAAUCUCGGACGAGGACGGCGGUUUGGCCAUGGAAGAUCUCUUUAGAGACCCGAGCUUGGCGGUGAGUUUGAUAUUAAUCGGAGUCAUUUUCGGAUGUUUCGCGAGAAAUGGGAUACUCGCUCGUCACCAACGGUUUCGACGGUUGAACGAUGCGUUACUCCACCCGUUGAUGUUGAACGGCGAACACCAACAACAACGAAGACCGAACGAUUGGGAUUUCGAAGCGAGCGAUUUGAGCACGUCGGACGAUGACGACGACGACGAAGACGAAGACGGAAGCGACAACGACACGGAAUCCGACGACAAUAAUAAUAGUAAUAAUAACGAAGAAGGUGACGAAGAAAACGGAGAAAAUACCGUUCGCCCGGAAGAUGGCCCGCGAACCGCUCGACGGAAAAAACGUAACCAAAAGAAAAAGAAACGCCCGGUAGAUCAAGGAUUGAUAUCAGCCUCCGAUGACGGCGAAGAUGAAGAAGAAGAAGAAGAAGAAGAAGAAGUUUUUCUCGAAGCGAUCGACGACAACAACGUCACGACGACAACAACGCCAAUCGCAACAGCAUCAGCAAGAACAGCCGCCGCCGAUCUCGAAGACCCCCACGCUUCUCUCAUUCGCAAAGCCAAGGGUAAAAAAUUCUCCGAGUGCGCCUUGUGCUUAGACGCUCCCGUCCAAGCGGUACUCAUCCCGUGCGGCCACGCCUGCACGUGCAGAAAGUGCUGCAGACGCUUACGCCGGUGCCCGAUAUGCAGAGUCGUGAUUGAACGACGGCAGAAGUUAUAUCUCGGCGGCUCCUAA